AUGCGGGGCGCUCACUGCAGGAGGACCGCGGCCUGGCUCGCCGCGCUCGCGACUCUCCUGCUUUCCUGUCCGCCGCUGAGCUCGGCCGACCUUAAUGUGUCUACAACUACGGAAUUUGAUCCAUCUAAACGCGGCAAGAAGAUGUACGGUGACUCUUGUACCACGGUGUUGGAAUGCGGGUACCCUGACUCAAUAUGUGAGGACAACAUCUGCCGCUGUGAUCCUUCUAUGCCGAUUACUAAUGAUUUCGACAAAUGUGCAAAGGCUGCCGGCAUAAACGAGUCGUGCAUGUUUAACCAGCAAUGCGAAGCUACUGUGAUCAAGACCACUUGUAGGAAUGAACGUUGUGUCUGCAUGUACGAGAUGGUCCCCGAAGUUACUGCGACCGGUGAAAUUAUUUGCAAAUCUCAAAAGCACGUGGAAGAAUCUACACAGACACUCGAUCCAGCAAUGAUUGGCGUUUUGGUUGGCAUGGCUCUGAUGUUUGUGAUCAUUUGCGUCGUCCUCAGGCUUUUUAGCAGGGCUCGAUGGAGGGAGAACCGAACCAUAUUUAACACACCCAAUCCCCGGCUGAUGAACGUUUCCCUAUUGCGUGAUUCCAAACUAAUUCAUACACAGGAUCGUCGUGGUUCGCGUUUAAGCAUGCGUCCGCCAUCGAGACAAGCUAGUCAGCAGGAAUUAAGACCUCACUCGCCUAGUCCAGCACGCCAUCACCAAAGCCAUCAGCUACAUCGAAAGUCCUCAGGAUCAAGGCGUGGGUCUCGGACAAGUAGUGGGCAUUCAGCCACAUCCUUAAGAUCGGCGACUCUUCGCUCACCUACUGCUCCGGGACCAACAUCAAUCACCGUCGAAAUUCGUGCUCCAGAUACGUAA